UGCUCUACUACUUGAUGUAUCUGUAUUUAAAAUAUUGUGCACAUAAUCUUUUUUGUGUCAUAUGUGUGAUGAAAGACAGAAAUGAAUCAUUCUUAUUGUUACUGGAAACGUGCAAUGUGUUAAAAUAUUUUGAUUGAUUGGAGGAAAAAUAAAUCUAAUUACGCAAGAUGUCACUGCUGUGAUUGAAUAAUCGUGUCGUCAACGUGAGACUACGGGAGUGACGAGCUUCAAUUUUUGAGGAAGAAGAUAUUUUUUUAAAGUGUACCACGUUAAGAUGAUGUAAUAAUUGUGAUUAAGUUAUUAACAAAGUUCACUCUUAGUAAUGAACGAAAGCUUCUUUUCGUAAUGACACUUCUUUGUGCUGCUACACGAUCUCAGUUCUUCAAAAAGGUUAUGUUAUUUCGGUAAUCGGCGAACGUAUGACGAUAAAUAUCUUCUCAAGGUUUAAGACACCCGAUGAAUCUGGAGGAAGCGCUUCUUUGCGAAUAUACAAUUUAUUCAUACGAUCUCCACACGUGAAUGUCAGAUUCCCAUGACUUUUGGUAUUCCGCAUACCGUUUCUACGACCGGUGACUGGAAUUGCAUGGAAUAAUCACUGACUUUAUACACGUAGUCCAGCUUGGAUUUAUGCAAGAGGCCUUUUGGGGGUUCAGCUAGCAUAAGUGCGGAUGGGUUACAUGAACGAAGGAGCAUGGCCUCGUACAAGAUUUCUCUUCGCGGUGGACGAUUUCAUUUUCGUUUUACGAAAGUGGCUCGAUAUCACGUGGUACCUCAAAGUGAAUUCAGAAUGAACAACCUAUUGAAAAGAAAUUUCUGCCGUGAUAUGUUCCUUCUUUUAUUUCCAUGGAAUUACGAAUAUUUAUGUAAAGAGAUUAAUCAGGAAUAACAACACACCCAGUAUUUAUAUAAUAUGUAUACAUAUAUACUGUUGGGUAUAAGAGAUCGCUGCGGCCAUCUAAACAUGGGUUAGCAGUUUCUAUGUAAUUCUUCACGUCAUCAAGAUCAUCCACUAGGCCCAAAUUCGUGAUUGUGCGAAUAAGAGAACCCCAACUAUAUCUGCUUCGACUACCAUUCUUCGUGCUGGUUUCGGUGUCCACGAAGCACACUCCAUCGACGGGCAGUAGGCACGUUGCCAGCGUACGAGGCGUACCUUCGGGCUGCUGUCAUUCCUGAUCCGGAGUACACGUACCUCUCACAUGGUACACGCGUUUAACUUUUACCAGUAAAAGCGAAUCGGCUGGGUCGGGUACUUUGAAAAUUAGUGAACAUCACGCAUCGGGAUAUCAUGUACGAGAUAUAUAUCUAGAACGUGGAGUAAUAUUUAAAUUCGUGGAUACUAGACUUCCGGCACUGUCUUCAGGUGGAGAAACACGUGGCGAACAUGCUUGCUAAAUGGUUCGAAAUUCAUGGCCGGUUCUGCGCCGGUCAUCCGCUCGAAGUUAUCGUCACGACCUUUGCUUUGACUGCAUGCAUCCUAAAUUUGGAAACCGGAAGUGCAAAAUCACCAAGUCUCCCAGUGGUCCCAACGCAUUGCUGGCACGGUCGUUGCAAUUCUGACGAUCCAAAUGUCGCGGACGUCAUUGUAAUGACUAUGAUAAGAUGCGUUGCGGUGCUCUACAGCUAUUAUCAAUUUUGCAAGCUUCACAAGCUGGGUUCCAAGUAUAUACUGGGAAUCGCCGGUUUAUUCACGGUCUUCUCCAGCUUCGUAUUCACUUCCAGUGUCGUAAAUUUCGGACAGAGCGAUAUCUCGGACUUGAAAGAUGCUCUCUUCUUUUUCCUCUUGCUCAUCGACCUGUCAAAGGCAGCUGUACUGGCACAACUGGCUCUGAAUUCACGAAGUCAGGAAGAAGUAAGAGCGAACAUAGCUCGUGGUAUGUCCUUGCUGGGACCAUCGAUCACCCUGGACACCUUAGUGGAAACGCUUCUCAUAGGAAUAGGAUCGUUAUCAGGCGUCCGCAGACUGGAGAUGCUAUGCGGUUAUGCCUGUCUUGGAGUACUUGUGAAUUACAUCGUCUUCAUGACAUUUUAUCCGGCAUGCUUAUCACUGAUACUCGAGCUUUCGAGGGGAGGCUGUAGUACUGGACCUUUGAGCGCUGAGAAAAUCUUAAUGAUGCAUACGGUGUACGACGAAGAUCAGAAACCAAAUCCCGUGGUGGAAAGGGUCAAGCUGAUUAUGACUGCAGGCCUAUUCGUAGUGCAUGCACACAGUCGUUGGCCAUUUAGGCAUAGUGAUAGUGAAAACGUUGUCGAGGGUAAGGUAUCGCCUGCCAGUCCACAUAUUGUUAUAAAUCAUCACAACGACACGGAGACUCCUGCAGACUUCAGAGAGUACCUCAUGAAUUGGCUCUCGGUCAGCGCGGAUCAUAUUGUCAUACUGAUACUUCUACUCGCGCUGGCGGUGAAGUUUAUAUUCUUCGAGGACAAGGGUGAGAUCACGAAGCAGUUGAGAUUCAAGGAGGAACCAAGGACCGAGGCGAAGAAGACGCAAGAAGAAGGUGCAGCUGAGAACAUGCAUGCUGCGACACUGGACGCCUCCUUGAGGCGGAAGUUGGACGUUUCGUUUCCAGCCAUUCACACGCCUGUCUUUCCGUUGUCAGGAAUGGGCGGUGAAUGGGUUGAAGUUGGGGACGAGGCAGAGAUAGAACUUUUGGACAAGGAGGUGCAAACUGAUGGCAGGAAUUAUAGUAUGGACAGUACCAGUUAUGAAAGUAUAUGUGACGAAAAUGCUGGGCCUAGAAAUGUCGAGGAGUGUCUUUCAAUUUACCGAUCUGAACUGGGUGCCAGUGCGCUGACUGAUUGCGAGGUCAUCCAAUUGGUAGAACAUAAAUACAUACCGCCUUACCAAUUGGAAAAGGCUGUAGGGGACUUGGAACGGGGUGUAGGUAUACGCAGGAAGUUGGUUGGUGCAGCCGGUGGUUUCACGGAGGAUCUUACCGAUCUUCCGUACAAGAACUACGACUACAGUAAGGUCCUGGGUUCCUGUUGUGAAAACGUUAUUGGGUAUGUGCCUGUACCUGUCGGCGUAGCUGGACCAUUGCUGGUGGAUGGUGAGCUUAUACACGUGCCGAUGGCUACCACUGAGGGAUGUCUGGUAGCAUCGACGAAUCGUGGAAGCAGAGCUUUACUCAGCUGUGGUGUUACCAGUCGCGUAGUAGCUGACGGAAUGACUAGAGGACCUGUUGUCCGUUUCCCUAACAUCGUACGCGCCAGUGAAGCUAUGGCAUGGAUGCAGGACCCUGAUAAUUUUGAAGAGAUGAAGAACAGCUUCGACCUCACCAGCAGAUUCGCCAGAUUGACCAAGAUACAUGUGCGCAUAGCGGGGAGACAUCUGUUCAUCAGAUUUGUGGCUAAGACUGGAGACGCUAUGGGAAUGAAUAUGUUGUCUAAAGGCACGGAAAAGUCUUUGCACACUGUGCAGUCUUAUUUUACGGACAUGGAGAUACUGUCGCUCAGUGGAAAUUUCUGCACGGACAAGAAACCAGCUGCUGUCAAUUGGAUUGAAGGUCGCGGCAAGAGUGUUGUUUGCGAGGCUAUUGUACCAGCUGAUAUUGUUACCAACGUUCUCAAGACUUCCGUUCACGCUCUAGUCGAUGUUAACAUUAGCAAGAAUAUGAUCGGAUCAGCUGUUGCUGGUAGCGUCGGAGGAUUCAAUGCACAUGCUGCGAACAUUGUCACGGCCAUCUUCAUAGCAACUGGUCAAGAUCCCGCUCAGAAUGUAGGAAGCAGUAAUUGUAUGACUUUGAUGGAACCCUGGGGACUGGAUGGUAACGACCUCUACGUCUCCUGUACGAUGCCUAGUAUAGAGAUUGGAACAAUUGGUGGUGGUACAGGACUACCAGCUCAAGGAGCCUGUUUGGCUAUGCUAGGUGUGAAAGGAGCUCAUGCUGAAGAACCUGGUGAAAACGCUAACAAAUUAGCCAGGGUGGUCUGCGCUACAGUACUCGCUGGGGAAUUAUCGCUCAUGGCUGCACUUACUGCUGGCCACUUAGUCAAGAGUCAUCUGCGGCACAAUAGGUCAACCACAACGGUGAAUAAUCCAGUGAGCUCACCCAAGUACGAAAUUGGAGAAAAAUUAACUGUACCAAGUGUAUUACCAGCACUUCAAAAUCUUUGCACAGACUCCAUUCAUCGGUCCUAGCAUCGUUUCUAAAAGUAACGUUGAUCAGUUGUUCUCAUUGUGAUUUAUCGGCAGAAUGAUAUCUGCAUCGUUUUACUUGACAGCCUCCAUUUAAACUGAUCCAAAGAUAUAUGGAAGGCAAAUAACAACCUGAGCCAUUCACAAUCGUCAUACACCUUUCGUCGAAGAUAAAACGAUCUUGCGUUUUUAAAAUAGAUUGGUGAAUGGGAUGGUAACAAAUGGUGGUGUGAAUGACAUUGAAAGACGAAGAAGGAAGGUUAUAAGAUGAAUUAUCUGCUUGUGAGAAUAUAACUUUUUAAUCAUGGGCACGAUGACUGUGUUCAAUCGUUCUAAUUUCAGGAAAGCUAAAGUGUGAAUGAGCCAGUGAAUGAUCGAAUGAGCGAAUGAUUAAAUGAAUACAUAAUAGAAAGAAAGAGAUAUAUAGCGAUAAGUGAGUAUCAGAAAAAGAAUUACUGCUCUUGCCUUCUCUUUAAAAUGUAUAUCCAAAUUGCUUCCAACGUCCAAAUGAUGGGAAUACAGUAGAUAAAAUAAAAUCUUACACUCUUAAUUCUUUCCACGGAUCUACAAUUAUAUAUCAGCUAUUACGUUAAUCAUUCGUACACACUGCUACUUUCUAGUGAGGAGAAUUUAACUGUAUUUAUGAGAAUAUCAACGUAUGCAUCAGAGCACACGUUUGUUCCUUGUCCCUCCGGAGGGACGUUACAACUUAAAUUUUUUGUUUAGUACAAUAAUACAAAUAUUUAAACAAGAUCUUGUUUUCUGAGAGACAUGGAAACGCAGCUUAUUACUAGACGGCUCAGAUAAGGUUUUAUGGAUAUUUCGCAUUCGCAAUGGACUUUACGUGAAAUGUAGGCAUGGGAGAAGCAUUAUAAAAUUAGUUGAAUAGUGAAUGAGAAUCAUCCAGAAUGUGACAAUGAAAUGUAAUAUCAUGAUAGUUCAGGAUAUAAAUAUCUUUUUGGUUCUUCCUCUUCCCAUAGGAACAUGAGCACAACUUGAACUUGUCAAAACCGUGAUAGGACUGUACAUCUCAAUUUAUUUUAAUUAUUUUUUUUAACAUAUAAAAUUAGUGUGUAUAUGUAUAUAUUUAUAUACACACUUGAGAAAACAGUACCUAUUAAGCGGAACGCAAGUUUUUAUAUGUCAGAAGCUUGAAAAUUUGAUGUCGGGUGUGCAAUAUGUCAACGAAUUUCUGUUGAGCCAUUGGAAUCGCAGUCAUUUUGAGGAAAUCAUAAAUGUCAUUACCAUAAAAGACUGUACAAUUAAUACUUUAUUUUAUAUGAAUGAGCGCACGGUGGAAGGCCGUUGGCAACGAAUUGUAUUCUAAAACUAGUUUCUGAUUGUAAUAAAGAUCUAAUGGUAGCCUUGUACAUACAUACAUAAUAAAUAAUUGUUAAGAAA